UGUUUGUUGUGCAGCAGACAUGCUUGCGCUUCAUCGUCGCAUUGGCUCACUGUUGACUGAUUCAUUCAACGGGAUAGAACGUAUCGAUGUAGCGUUGCUGCAACAGCAAUAGCGGCCUAAGUUGUGCCUGUGCAUGCGACAGACAUCGACUCGAUGCGUAGUGAUAGUGGUUCUCAUUCGCCUGCUGAGAUUAGUCGUGAACAGUUGUGAUGAUUGAGUGUUCGUGUUUCGAUAAAGGAUUUUAAUGGUGAAUUUUGAACAGUAUAUACGCGCUGAAGUCUGACUAUUGUUCGGCGUCGAAUAAAAAGCAAAUGCGAAAAAUUAAAGGAUUAGUCAUUUGUGUGCUCAUCUGUUUGUGUUUUUCAUGUGAAUAAUGGUGAUUUAAUGCAGUGCAAAAAAAAACUCAUUCUGGAAACAAUUAUUGAGGAAAAAAAUAAAAAUUUUGCAGUAAAUUCGUCAAAUAAAAACGCUACUUUUAAAAUUGUAUGUAAUUCAAUGGUUUAGUACAUUGGCUACACUUUUCGACAUCGAUUGUCGGCCAAUAAAUACAGACAUAGCAUAAGUUAGUAUAUCAAACUGAACGAACAGUGUCCGUAUCGAAGUGAACCGAUCCGCUGAACUCUCUGUUGAACCGAAAUAGUGUGAAAAAGAUUUGGUUUUGGUAGUUUAUGCAAUUUGUGAAAUGCAACAAACCGAAAUCGAAUCCAAAUAAAUAACCAACGUUGACAUCGCUUGAAUUAUUCAUUUGGUAAAUGUGAGCUGGUUUCGUGCUCAUUUGACUGCAUCAUUGACUGUUGCAACUUAAUUUAACUGCUGAAGGUUUUGCUUUGAGCACCGAGAACGACACUUGAAUAACGUGAGCGCGCAUUGUGUGUGUUUGAACAGCAACAGCAGCAGCAGCAGCCGCAGCAUUGAACUGAAGAAGAAGACUGAUGCUAUUGCUGGAUACUUUGUGUUAAUUUAUGGCCAUAGCGCGUUGGAAAAACGGCAACGCGAAUUAAUUAUCAAGCAAUGCGGAUUUUGCCAGAUCAAGGCUUUUCAUUAUGCAGGUAUUACGACACGUGAACACAUGGUAACCAGAAAGAGAAAAAAACAGACCGCUCAUUAUUAUUGAUUGCAACCGAACCAUCAAAUUUUGAAAAGGGAAUUUCGAAAGGUCUGGAUAUUCUUUUUUUCUUCAGAAGAAUAAAAGCGAAAACAACGAGCGAAACAAACCCAAAUGAGACGUACGCUCAAGUGAUUUUGAAUAAGAAGCAGACGGAAACAUUGAAUAUUCAUCAACAUGUCGAUCACCGGCUCAUUGGUUGGCUACGAAAACAACGAUGAUUUAUGUAAUAAGAAAAAUCGGUCGCUGCUCAAUGUAUCGGCAUCAUCAAAGCAAUGCACAAGCCUCAACUCGAGUAUUAAUAACAGCGUGAUUAUGCCGGAUAGUAAUGCCGUUAACACGUCAAAGUCGAAUCAUCACAAUUGCAACAAUGAGUCCGAGCAGACGAAAGCAAAUCGAAAGCAUCGCUACCACUUGAAUUCACUGUGGUCGAUCUGGUAUGGUAUUCUAUUCACAUACUUCCAAGGCUACUUAAUACUCAAUGGCGCUUAUAGAUUUUUAGGCUGUUAUUUAAUACAAUGGCAUAACGAUUCAGCCGCAUUGACGGAGCUGAAUUCACAAAUAAUCCUGUGCGGAUUGGCGCUGUUGAUGUUACCCUUAUUUUUCAUAUCGGCAAUAUUCAAGGUCGGAAAUUUAGCGAACGACGGCAUAAAAUUAGCGUCAAAGACGGGAACAUGCUCAGCCGAACCCGACGAUGGCUUGGAACAUGAAGCAAAAGGCGGAACAUUACGAGCUCUGAUGACACAUGGUGGCCCGACCUCAGCAUUUAUCCACAUUGUUAUUGCGUUAUGUUUACUAAUUCCUCGGCUUUUGAUCGAAUCGAAGUUGAUUGAAAAUGGAAAUCUACCCCGAGAAAGCAUCUGGCACACUGAAUUGGAUUUUCUGGUGCCGCAUCGAGAUCGAUUGGUCAUAUUGUCAUUUACAACAUCGCCAUAUCAAAAUAAUUCGGUUCACGAGGACAAUUUCAUUAAACAUUACCAUAAUCAACGGCCUACGUUCAUUGACGAAGAAGACGAUGAACUGGCUCACACUCAUUUGAUUGAAAAAUUUCAUUCAGACUCAUUUGAUGAAAACGAUUACUUUGAUACACAUGAAAAACUGGAGAAUGAGAGAACAACAUCGUCGAUUACAAUACCGCCACCACCACCACCACCAUCUACAGCAUCGCACAGUGGCAGCUCUGACAUAGGAAAAACAGUCACAACAACGACACCCAGCAACAUUUUGACAAACAUCGAAACGAAUGAAAAACGAAUGUAUAGAGGAAAUGUUGGCAUUCCGAUGACUGGUAAUAACCGAAAGCAACACGCACGAAUGAGAAAUCGCAACAAUGGAACGACCGGCAGCGGACGUGGUACGAAUAGAAAACAUUCGAAUGCAAAUCGAGAUCGGGCUAAUGACAAUGUAAAUGCUGCGAUGCGAAAGGAAAAAAAUAUGCGCCGUGGAGACGAUUUACGUGAAAACUUUGAAACGAAAGUGAACAAUAAGCUGGAAUUAGAUAAGAACAACGAUGAAUUUGGUGAAAAAAGUGUGCAGACCGUUGGUGGUGUGGGCACAAAGCUUCAACAAAGAAAGUAUGUUACAAAAAUCGAUCCCACUGACGAAUUACCACCGGACACUGAACACGAAUUGCAUGGUAAUCGAAAAUCAUCAAUUGCCCGUGACAGUAAUAUCCACAUCGUAAAACCAGCUGAAGGCACGUUCGUUCCGUCGACACCAUUUUCAACGGAUUCGAAAAUUAUCGAAAUCAAACCGUCAACAAUGCGGGCGAGCAAACGUUUUAAACGUUCAAGUGAAACAAUUGACACCCGUAUGCAAAUUGAAUCCGAUCGAAUCGAAGAUGAAUUCGGCGAAUUCACCGAUGCCGAUGUACCAAGAGAGCCAAGAAUCUACGUUAAUUUCGAGAAUAGUGAACAAUAUACGGAAAAUGAUGAUGAUGGUGAUAAUUUGUUGAAACCGGCGCCAGACGCUGCUGCAUUGAUUGACACCGCCGUUCCGGCAAAUGUAACACCGAUAACGGCAACGUCGACGACCAAACAAUUGCACGGUUUUGCCGCCUGUUUACAACAUUAUUUAAAUGUCAACAAAGAAAUCGAUACGAAAAGUUGGAUGGCAAUGUUGCCGAGUUUUGAGUUCAUGAAUUUUGUAGUCGCAUUGAUUGUAUGGUCGUCACGAUAUCCAAGCGUCUACUGGAACACAUCGAAAGCAUUCUCAUUGAUAUUCAGCAUUCAGAUGAUUGCCAACGCAAUUGAUUUGCUUUUAGUAUUUGCCGGCGUGUCGGUCAUUUAUAAAUUACAAGUCGUUGGACAAAAACUUCCGUUACAAACGCCACCGUUGCUGCUUAAUGGGACUGUUUCGUUGCUGCUGUACAUUCUAUCAAUUAUGCUCAUAAUAUCAUCAUCACUGAUUCUAUAUUUGUACGGACAUGGACGUUUGUCGUCUCGUGUGCGUGAUCGUCGCAUGAUUUCAACUAAAUCUGGUGACAACUGGGCUUAUUUUGCACAUUGUGCAUCCUUAUGCUUUAUUUUAGCAUUGGCCGUUGUCAAAGCUCCUCUGAUGCAUGACUUUAGUGCAAUCUACAAGGGUAGUUUGGACGGUGCCGUUUUACUAGCAGCACUGUCAUCCGUGAUGCAUAUAUUCUUCUGGAUUCUGCUGUGGCUCGGAUUAACUGCGAAGCGUCGAUGGAAUUUCAAGUUACCGCCAUUGGAUGACAUUCAUUUGCAUAAUGAGCCAGCCAAACAGCCGUUACUCAUGUCACCACGGUUGAGUCGACAACACAGCACUGGACCAGCGGGCGGUCAAUUAAACGAUAGUUCCGACGAGCAGAUUUAUUGGCCCAAGUUACAGCCAAACUCUCCAAAAUUGAAAGUAACAUUUAACGAUGUACCAAGUACGUUAUCCGAUAACAAUUUGGCUGACGAACAAGAUGGCAAGCGCGAUUCGAGCCGUAGAGCCUCGGUAUGUAUGCCCGGUUCUGCGCGGGAAAUUGAUGAAGGAGAGUAUGCUACACUAAGAGGAACAACAGAUGAGGAUCUCAUGCAUUUUAAUAUCAUUUCGAAGCGAAUCAGUAUGGCAAAUUGUGAUACAGCCGACGAUACAUCCGAAGAGGGCAAACUAUUGGAUUGUGUACGCGACGAUAGUGUGACAUAUGCAUCGACUCGCGAUUUAGAACCGCCGAUGCCGCCUCCACCGCCACCACUCACAGAUGACGAAGAUUGCGAUGCAUAUGGUGACUCAACCGAAACGCUUGUCAAUCCCAUUGCACAAGUCACAGUGCAUACAAAUGAAGCUCAUAUUAUCUCACAACAAACGCGAAGCAUUCGUCGUGGUGAUUCUGGAAUGGCUCACGACAUAUUAACUCCAUGCACUGACAGUAUGUCAACCGAAUGUUCAACAUCGCCUCCUGAACGCGCUGCAUCCGAUUCGUCAUCAAGUGGUAUACAUUCGGGCGAAGAGGAAGUCGUUAUUCGGUCACGACCAGCCAAAGUGGUAAAACUACCGCAGCCAGCCAUUCAAGAAGAACCCUUUGGCCGACAAACUAAUAUGUAUUUGUCGAGUUUCAUACAAGACAAUUCCAGCGCUACGUUACCAAUGCAUCGUGUUCAAUCGGCGGAGCCAUUCUAUGAUUUUGCCAACCACUGCAACACUAUGCCUCUACCAAUAACAAAUCAUCUACAGCAACAACAGCGCAUACCACAAUUCAUUACGCCAAGCUCAUCAAAGCCACAGCUGCACACAACGCUACCGAACGGUGUCCGCUAUGCCAAUCCAACGAAUUUCAUUCGACGAGUUCCGUUACACGUUCAAACUGCCGAAUCUCCAUAUGGUACACUGGGCCUUGGUGCUGGCCAUCACACAUUUUCGAAGCUAUUGCAUGAACCGUUGGUGUUCGGAAGCAUCCCAGAAGAUCGAGAUUCAGCCAACUACUCAAUGAUAUCCGAUCAAGAGCGUGAAAUCUAUGCCAAUGCACUCACAGCCGGUAACAUUCAUUGAUUGAUGUGCAAGACUCACGAAAAUAUUCGCACGAAAUUUGAUAACACAUAAAAUAUAUGCGUGAAAACCUUGAAGAAAUGAAAAAAGCAAACAAAUACUCAACAUGACCGAAAUCAUCAUCUGAUUUUUGUUCGUUGCAAACCUGUACAUUUUUUUUUCUUUCUGUUACGUCUUUAAUUUUAUUUAUAGCAAAAAAACACAAACAACAAAUUGUUUCAUACCACGUUUUGUACAUAUUCUUAUUUUCUACUUUGUAGUUUACGCAGUUUUCGUUCCUUCCUAUGAUUCUGUUUUGACUUAGGAACUAAUUUAAGUGAUUUGAUUGAACAAGCAACAGUUGAUGUUUGAAGAAGAAGAAAAAAAAACACUCUGCCAGAGGGAAUAUUAUAGAUAGUCAAUGUAGCCGAACAGCAUGAAUGGAAUAUAGCAAUGGCAUUAAUUCAAUUCAAAUUUUCCUUUUUUUAUUUCUAUUGGGUAACAACGUUGCGCUUUUUCUCGAUUAAUUUCAAGCAAAGAAGAAACCAUUUAUAAAAGAGCUUUAAAACAAUAAAAUAAUUCAAGCUUUUCGCAAAUCGAUCUCAAAAGUAUAUGCCAGUCCAGCAGAUAGCAGAAAAUCCCUCUAGAUUUUGUAGCAAUAUUUAGAACGUAUAUAAUCAAAUUGAACGAAAGUUUCGUUACGAAACGCUUAAUUUCGAUUCGAUUGAUAUAUGUAUUCGAGUUAUAUAUGAAAGUAAAAAGUGAAAAAACACAAAUGAAGAAAGAAAAACCAUACUCAGGCUCUAAACAAAACUACUCAAUGAAAGUAUUUUGGAGGAUGUAGUUUGUAGACGUAUACAAAAUAUUUAUUCAGAAUUCAGAGCCUUUCAUCUCGGUUUCGUGUUUUGACACGCUACAUUUGAUUUUCGUCGGGUUUACAUAUUAAAAAUUCUUAUCACACUCGAUUUAGUCGGAUUUUGAGUAAUUUGGCAUUUAAUUCACGGUUUAAUUAUCUAUCAGAUAUUGACCAUAGCAUAAAUUCGAGCAGUUUUGAAGAAAAAAGGUUUAAAACUUUCGUUCAUUUGUUGAUUUGUUUCCCUCGAAUACGACAUUCAAUAUUAUAAAACGAUGAGCCUAUCUUAACAACUCUAUGCUAAUAACUAUAACACUUGAAUAUUUUGUAUGAAUGUAACCAGUGAAAAUAUUUCGACACUAGCCAAAUAUAAUCUAUGCUCGCCAACAACUAAGCUUUCAUAUGAAAACAAGCCGAUCCGCAUUAUUCAAACGUUCAAAUCGAUUGGCGAGACGGAGAGUUGACCAUUGUCUUUGGUAAAUUUGGUUAAUUCAGACAGCUAUAAAUAGCCGAAAUAACGUAUGACAGCAUAUUUUGUUCACCUCUAUUUAUGGAUGGCAUAUAUAUGCAAACGCUUUUUACCAUUUGCCAUCCGAUAUUGAAAAGAGAUGCUUCUCUACGUCUUACCUAUUGAAAUAUAUACUCAUCAUUGAUAGACAUAUAUAUUCAUAUACUCGAAAUUAUAGCUGGCCAUAUUUUUUGAACCCCACCAUAAAUCAUAUAUAGACAAAACACGCUUGAGCUUCAUCUACUCGUAAGACAUAAUAAAAUCAUAUCAUCUUAACCCCCUUACAAAUAACAAACGAUCCUCAAUCGAAAUCAACUGCCAAAAUCACAUUGCACUUCAUUUUCAACUACACACCCACACAUCAUGACCUACAAUCAUCAAGUAAACAAACAACCAAACAAAACAACUAAUAUUCAAAAACCAUUUGAACUGAACUGAUGCUCAUCUAUCGAAUUAUCGUUUGGCCUAUGACCUUAUAUUUCGCGAUAAUGAUAUCGUAUUUAACAAUAAUAAUAAAUAUUUUGAAAAAAAAGACCGCCGAUUGCAAUGUACAACAUGACAAUAUUUUUUAAAAUAAAAACUCCAAAUGAUAAAAAGAACAUGUUUACAGCCGCUAGUAUUCCGAAGAAAUAGAUAUUGAUAUACAAACGAAUCCAAUUUUUGUCAGGCUUUUGUAAAGAGAUUUUUUUUACCAUGGAAAUUUCAUACACAAUAACAAAAAUCAAUGUAGAUUUUUACAUAUCACAAUGCUUCAUUCACAUCGCAUCAUUUGCACCUGGGCACUUAUCAAGAAGUGUUUGUUAUACGAAUUGCGCAUUUACAGCUUUGACAAAUAUGAUAAAAAGAAGAAGAAAAAAAGAACAAAAAUAUUUACCCAAGUCAGUUAACAGAAGAUCAUUCAUGAUAAUUGUAUAGCCAAUGUUAUAUUACCUUUAUGCAUACCAUAAAAAUGGGUCCAUUUCCAUAUACACACGUAUCACGCCGCGUAGUAGGAUAGCCACAGAAAAUGCUCCGAAUAAAUGUUGUUCUUCCUACCGAUUAGAUUCAUCCAGUCCCUAGCAAAACGAAACAUUACAUACGAACAGCAAGACUGAUUUUAAACAACUGUAAUUUAGUUUCAACACCUUAAUACAACCCACGUUUCAAUCCAUUCACCAUCGCAAAAAUGCCCUUAAUCGCUUAUAUCAUUCAUCGUAACCGAUCAAUCAAAUACAUUCGAAUCGCAAAUAAAAACCACCACAAGCAUAUCCAUUAUUGCACGAAAGCCAAAUUGAGCACCGUCAAUGGGGUUUCCGCAUAUCAUAAAUUGAAAAAAAAAAAUCACGUUGAAAAAAAAAUGAUUAAGAAAAUUCUAUCGAAAAAAACUUUUUUAUCAAAAUUUAUACCUACAUUCUACAUGAAAUUUGUUUACUGUCACACCACAAACAGCGAACAAAUCAUUCGACAUUAAUUGGUGAAAUGAUGACAUAUUAUGCUCUAAUAAUACCAAAAAUGUUCACAACAUCUUUGUACAAUGAUUAUUAUUAUACUAUUAGCAAAACAAGAUGAACGGAAGAUACGGAGAUACUGAUAAUAAAUUUAAACUUAAACUGAAACAAA